AUCGAGUACUAUUUUUGUUGACUAGCAGCCAAUCCUGUUUGACCUCCUAGUAACUUCACCUUAGAGCUCCACUGUCAGUUAUAAAAUACCCAGUACUCAUAAUAUGUUUCUGCAUAUGAUAACAUUUGUCAUCUCUCUUUCUCUCUUUAUUUAUCUCCUUUUCUAAAUCUUGCAAAGGUCAUGUUCUUCACAAAAAAUAAUAGCUUAUUAGCGAGGUUUCUUCCCCUCCUGUGUUUUUGUUUCUCUCUGACCAUUAAUCUUUCAUCUGAAGCCAACAUCAUAUCUUCAAGCCAGUCUCUGUCUGGAGACCACACAAUCAUAUCCCAAGGUGGAAAGUUUGAGCUUGGUUUCUUCAAAGCAGGUAACUCUUCCAAGUAUUACAUAGGCAUAUGGUAUUAUAAGAAGCUCCAUUUCAAUCUUCACACCAUAGUUUGGGUGGCAAACAGAGAAACACCCAUCUCUGAUAGAUUCCGUUCAGAAUUAAAAAUCAUUGAUGGUAAUUUGGUGCUCUUGAAUGAGUCCAAGUUCCAGAUUUGGUCCACAAAUGUCACAACCACCACCACCACUUUGAACUCUGCAACAGCUGUUAUUCUUGAUAAUGGUAACUUAGUUUUGAGAGACACCGGUUCAAAUUCAAUUGAACCUUUUUGGCAAAGUUUUGAUCACCCAACUCAUACUUGGUUGCCUGGUGCUAAACUUGCUUAUGAUAAUAAAGAGAAUAAGAGUCGGCUGCUUACGUCAUGGAAAAGUUAUGAAGAUCCUGCUGUAGGGCUGUUUUCUCUUGAGCUUCACUCGCCUACUAAAGAGUACGUAAGCAAAUGGAAUGGGUCCCAGCAAUAUUGGACAAGUGGGUCUUGGAAUGGGAAAAUAUUUGACUUGGUGCCUGAAAUGAGUUAUGCUUACAUUUAUAAUUUCAGCUACCAUAUGAAUGAGAAUGAGAGUUCUUUCACUUAUUCUCUGUAUAAUCCUGCCAUUAUAUCUAGAUUAGUAUUGGAUGUUUCUGGUCAACUUCAGCAACAAGUAUGGUCGGAAUCUACUGCAGAGUGGGCUAUGUUUUGGUCUAAACCGAAAGAAGUGUGUGACAUCUAUGGUUUAUGUGGGGCUUUUGGUACUUGCAGACAGACUGAAUUUCCAUUAUGUAAUUGCCUGACUGCUUUUGAGCCAAGAUCAGAGAGUGAUUGGAAUCAGAGUGACUUCUCCGGUGGGUGUGUGAGAAAAACUGAUUUGCAGUGUGGAAGAAUUGCUGAAAAGCCUGAUUUUCUCAUGAUUACAGUGAAGAAACUGCCUCCACAUAACUCUGUGGCAUUUGGGAGUGCUGGAGAAUGUGGUACAACCUGUUUGAACAAUUGCUCCUGUAAUGCUUAUGCUUUUGUCGAUAAUCAGUGUUUGGUUUGGCAUGGAGAUCUCUUGAACCUCUUGGAAGACAAUGGUAGAGGGAAAACAAUGUAUGUCAAAGUUGCUUCUAAAGAUCUUCCACACCAUAAGAAGAGUAAUCUGGUCACCAUGGGAGCUGUUGUUGUGUGCAUGGCAGGUGUGGUUUUGGUCUGGGGUGUAAGUUUGAUUUUAAUGUAUAGAAGAAAGAGGAUAUGGGUUGGAAAGACGACAAUGGAGGGAUCAUUGGUGGCUUUUGCAUACAAAGAUUUACAAAUAGCCACCAAAAAUUUCUCUAACAAAUUGGGAGGAGGUGGUUUUGGCUCGGUUUUCAAGGGUGUAUUGCAUGAUUCGUCCACUGUGGCAGUGAAAAAGCUUGAAGGCAUCAGCCAAGGAGAGAAGCAGUUCAGAAGUGAAGUCAGCACAAUCGGUAACAUCCAACAUGUUAAUCUUGUACGCCUUCGUGGGUUCUGUGCUGAAGGUAAAAAAAAGUUGUUGGUGUAUGAUUACAUGGAAAAUGGUUCUCUAAAUACCCAUAUACACUAUGGAAAACAAGCUCUAAAUUGGAAAACGAGGUAUCAGAUUGCACUUGGAAUUGCAAGAGGAUUGGUUUAUCUUCAUGAGAAGUGCAGAGACUGUAUCAUUCACUGUGACAUAAAGCCAGAAAACAUUCUUUUAGAUGCCGAAUUCUGUCCAAAAAUUGCUGAUUUUGGUUUAGCAAAGCUUGUUGGUCGAGACUUUAGUAGGGUUUUGACGACUAUCAGAGGGACACGAGGAUAUCUAGCUCCAGAAUGGUUAUCAGGGGUGGCUGUCACAGCCAAAGCGGAUGUUUAUAGCUAUGGAAUGAUGCUUUUUGAAUUGGUUUAUGGUAAGAGAAAUGUAGUGCCUUGUGAAGACUCAAAAAGUACAUUCUUCCCUAGUUUGGUUGCGGAUGUUCUUGUUGGGGGAGGUGAUAUCCUUAGGUUGCUAGACAAUAGGUUAAAUAGGGAAGCUAGUGUUGAAGAAGUCACAAAAGUUUGCAAAAUCGCAUGUUGGUGUAUCCAAUACGAGGAAGAGAGUAGACCAUCAAUGAGUAUGGUGGAACAGAUUCUUGAAGGGGUUUUGGAUGUGAACAUGCCUCCGAUUCCCCAAUGUUUCACUUCAUUCGUUGAUAAGGAAAAUCGUGUUGUUUUCUUCAUGGAUUCAUCCUCCAAUGGGAGUUCACAAGUACACAACAAUUCCUCCUAGCUAGAGCUGUAAACGAACUGAACGUUCACGAACUGUUUGUGAACCAUUUGGUCGGAAGUUCAUUUAUGUUUAUUUAUUUAAUAAACGAACAAACAUUAAUACAAAUUAUCGUUCGUUUAAUUAAACGAACGAACAUGAACAAUGUUCUCGUUCGUUCAAUUAGGUUCGUGAACGUUCAUUUAUCAUGUUGUCCGUUUAUGUUCGUUUGUGUUCGUUUAUAUAAGCUCAUUUUAUGUUCACAUAUGCUUAAUUGUGUUUGAUUACAUUAGUGUAUUAUAUGUUCAUUUAUGUUCAUGUAUCUUCAAUUAUGUUU